AUGGAUAAUAACGCUGCAAACUCGGAGAAAUCGCAACUGAUACACGAGAAGAGUGCGAAAAUGUAUUCUUUAAAACUACAAAGGUGGUAUCCAGACUCCAAAGAGCAGUAUCCAGACUUCCCAUUCAAGAACGGAGGCAUGCCGGGGGCCAUGGAGCUGAAGCGGCCCGCGGGGGCGCACUGCCACGGGAAACAGAAGCUGGCAUGUGAGGAGAGCGGAGACCGGAUGCUGGCCAAGAAGAAACUCUACAUCGCCUCAGCCGUCUGCCUCGUCUUCAUGAUCGGAGAGGUCAUAGGAGGCUACCUGGCCCACAGCCUGGCCAUCAUGACGGACGCGGCCCACCUCCUCACAGACUUUGGCAGCAUGAUGGUGAGCCUGUUCUCCCUCUGGAUCUCCUGCAGACCCCCGACCAAAACCAUGAACUAUGGCUGGCACAGAUCAGAGAUCCUCGGGGCGUUCAUCUCAGUGAUUUCCAUCUGGAUCGUGACGGGGGCUCUGGUGUAUUUAGCCAUCGAGAGGAUCGUCAGAAACGACUAUGAGAUUGAUGGCCACGUAAUGUUGGUGACCUCGGGGUGCGCCGUCAUCGUCAACAUAAUCAUGGCCUACAUCCUGCACCACUCCACCACCUUCCACUCUCACGGCAGCGGGUACCAGCAGAUCGAGGAGGGGGGUCGCAGCCCCGCGGCUCACGGUCACUCCCACGCUCUGCUAGGGGGGGGCCACAGCAACACCAGCGUCCGCGCAGCCUUCAUCCACGUGGUGGGAGACCUCCUGCAGAGCGUGGGCGUCAUGGUGGCCGCCAUCAUCAUCUACUUUCGGCCCGAGUAUAAAGUGGCAGAUCCCAUCUGUACGUUCCUGUUCUCCAUCUUCGUCCUCUUCACCACCAUCACCAUCCUCAGAGACGUCUUCAGGAUACUCUUGGAAGGCGCUCCUAAAGGCAUCGAGUUUAACUCCGUGAAGGAGGUGCUGCUGUCGGUGAAGAAGGUGAAGUCGAUGCACUCUCUGCAUCUCUGGGCUCUGACUCUGGGUCAGGCUCUGGUCUCUGUUCACCUGGCCAUAGAGGAGGGUGCUGACGCCCAGUCGGUGCUGCAGGAAGCCACCGAGCUGCUGAACACUAAGUUUGGUUUCCACAGCAUCACCAUCCAGGUGGAGCUCCACUCAGAGGAGAUGAACCACUGCGGCCACUGCCAGGACCCCCGAGACUUGACC